CGCGAGCGGUGUGGGGAGCGGGAGGCGGCCACAUUCCUCGCAGACAUGGCGGACUCUGAGGUGAAUGAGCAUCUGUUCAAGGUGCUCGUCGUAGGCGACGCAUCUGUGGGUAAGACCUCAAUCAUCAAGCGGUUUGUGCAUGGCAUCUUCUCGUCCAACUACAAGGCGACUAUCGGUGUUGACUUUGCCCUCAAGGUGGUACAGUGGGACGACAACACGGUGGUCCGGCUCCAGCUGUGGGACAUUGCUGGCCAGGAGCGGUACGGCAACAUGACCCGGGUCUACUUCCGCGAGUCGGUCGGUGGCUUUGUCGUCUUUGAUGUCACCGCCCGCAAGUCGUUCGAGGCCGUCGAGCGCUGGCUCUCGGACCUCGUCGAGAAGGUCCGCCUCCCCUCGGGCGAGCCCAUUCCUAUCGUCCUCCUUGCCAACAAGGUCGAUCUGCUCGACGACGAGGGCGAGGCCUUUAUGAAGGACGAGGAGCUCGCCGAGCUUGUCGGCCGCUUCGGCAUCACCGCCGUCUUUGCCACUUCGGCCAAGCAGGACAUCGGCAUCAACGAGGCCUCUUCCGCCCUCAUCGAGGCCAUCCUUGAGAACGAGCGCGCCGGCCAGAUGGCCACCGCCAAGGAGGAGGAGGCCGUCACUGUCAGCGGCAACGAUCCCGCCCCUGCCAAGAAGGGCUGCUGCUGA